AUGGAAGUUUUCACAAGCAUUGGUAGCCUCAAUACCACUACUCUUCUCAAUGCAUAUGGCAACAGCGAGAUUGCCUAUCUUUUACAGCACCCCCCUACUGAAUUUCAGAUACUACACACAUACAGAUGGGCUCUUCUGUUUUCAUUAUUGGCGGGCUCUUUCGUGUUCUCACUGAGCAAAUACCUUCUUUUCCACGAUAGAGCGCCCCCUGGCCUCAAACUUAUCCCAGGUCCACGGAGCACACUCCCUUGGCUAGGUCGUAUACAUGGAAUAGACCCUGUCGCGCCAUGGAAGUCGAUGAAAAAAUGGUCCGAUGAGUACGAUGGUCUCUUCAGACUCACAACUGCUGGCGGUGAAAUGCAUAUCUGGAUAGGGAAAGCAGAGAUCGCCCAGGAACUAUACUGCAAACGUGCAGCCAAGUACUCUUCUCGGCCAGAGGUCCCUGCGGUUCCCGGCAGUGAUAAGCAGGGCCAAUACCUUCCUCUUCUGCAGGACGAUGAUCAUUGGCGACACCAACGAAAGUUCGGCCACACUGUACUAACAGAGUGCGGUGGCAAGGAGUUUUACGGUUAUAUUUCUCAUGAAGCCAAGCGUUACGUUUAUAACUUAAUCAAAGACCCCAACGACCACUAUACACAAUGCUCUCACUUCUGCGGGCGGAUAUCUGCACGUUUGGCCUAUGGUAAUCCCAACUCCGGGGCAGCGCACUGCAAGAACGCAGGAGAGUUCAUCCCUCAGAUUUCUCCUUCUGCAAGUGGACCUAUUACCAACAUCUUCCCGUUUCUUGGAAAGCUUCCAGAAUUCAUCAACACCACCCGCAUCGCUCCUCGUCAGCGUCGUGAGCGGGAAGAGCGACUUUGGAAGGGGCUCAUGUGGCAGGUGAAAGAAGACAUGGCCAACGGUAUAGCACCUCCUUCUUACGCCCGUUCCUACUUCGAGAAAGCAGCCGCAGCACCACAGGGCCUCGGAUUUGGCAUGGACGAGCAUGAAGCCGCAUACGCUGUUGGUAUGUUGUGCACCGUUGCCAUCAUGACCAACUCCGGGCCUAUGUAUUGCUUUUUGAUGGCCAUGGUAUUGCACCCUGAGUGGCAAGAGAAGGCGAGAGCAGAAGUGGAUGCCGUUGUCGGUCCCGACCGUGUCGUCGAUGUCUCUGAUACACCCAAUCUGCCUAUCCUGCGCGCUGUUAUCAAAGAGUGUAUUCGCUGGAAACCACCCGUCCCUCUUGGUGUCCCCCGCAAAGUGACCGCCGAUGACGAGUACAAUGGCUACUUCAUCCCCAAAGGGGCCGUCGUACACGCUAUCGACCUUGCCAUCGCCCAAGACCCAGAACUCUACCCCGAUCCGCUCACAUUCAACCCAGCACGAUGGCUAGAACCCGAGUACCCCACUUACAAAGAACCUCUAUCCGUCCAUCCGACCCUCCAUGGACACCACGGCUUUGGCCGAGGACGCCGACUCUGCCUAGGUAUUGAACUCGCACAGGCAGAGUUGGUGGUUGGCUGCGGUAGCUUGUUGUGGGCGUUUGAGAUGCUGCCCAAGAAAGAUCAGCAGGGAAACCCGAUCUGGCCUGAUCCUGACCACUGGACCAGCAAUGUUAUUGGAGGACCACUGCCGUUGAGUAUUGAUGUCAAGGUCAGAAGUGAGGAGAAGAGACGGAAUGCUGAGCGUCUGUUUGAGGACAGCCUGAAUGACUAUCCUGAGUAA